CGCGGGAUAAGUGAUCCACUGCUACUAGAUACGGAGGCCUGUUAAGCAAAAGCCUUUUGUAUUCCAUUCAGAACCAUUUGAGCCAUUUAAAAUAUUUGAAACAGUGCGCCGAUUGUGCCAAGCUAAGUUUGAUGUUUGAAUUUCAAGUUAUCGGAUAUUGGGACUAACUUAACUAGUGUGCUACAGCAGAUUAGUCAUGACUGUUGCUGUUCCGGGCGAGAGUGCUAGAGAGAAAGCACUAAGUUACUACAGACGUAAACUUGUGGAACAUAGAGGAAUAGAUGCAAGGCUCAAGGAAGCUCGAGAAAAAUCCAAAGCGAUUUCAAAAGAGUACGACAAAGCAGAGAAUGAUUUGAAAGCACUUCAAAGUGUUGGCCAGAUAGUAGGUGAUGUUUUGAAGCAGCUGACUGAUGAUCACUUCAUUGUUAAGGCUAGUAAUGGACCGCGAUAUGUUGUUGGCUGUCGACGCAGUUUACAAAGCAGUAAAUUAAAACCGGGCACUAGAGUUGCAUUGGACAUGACCACAUUGACAAUUAUGCGCCAAUUACCACGUGAAGUGGAUCCACUAGUUCAUAACAUGUCUGCAGAAGACCCAGGUUCUGUAUCUUAUGCUUCUGUUGGUGGCCUGGCUGAUCAAAUUCGUGAACUCAGAGAAGUAAUUGAACUCCCGCUUAUGAAUCCAGAAUUGUUCCAUAGAGUUGGUAUAACCCCUCCAAAAGGAUGCCUUCUUUAUGGUCCACCGGGGACUGGUAAAACUCUUCUAGCACGUGCUGUAGCAUCACAACUUGAUGUCAACUUUUUAAAGGUUGUAUCCAGUGGUAUUGUUGAUAAGUAUAUUGGUGAAUCAGCUCGUCUUAUUCGAGAAAUGUUCAAUUAUGCACGAGAUCAUCAACCCUGUAUUAUUUUUAUGGAUGAAAUUGAUGCAAUUGGCGGUCGUCGUUUCACUGAAGGUACAAGUGCUGAUCGUGAAAUUCAACGUACAUUAAUGGAAUUAUUAAAUCAGAUGGAUGGUUUUGAUGCACUUGGUCAGGUUAAAAUGAUCAUGGCAACUAAUCGUCCGGAUACCCUUGAUCCGGCUCUGCUUAGACCUGGACGUUUAGAUCGUAAAAUUGAAAUUCCUCUGCCUAAUGAACAAGCUCGAAUGGAUGUACUAAAGAUACAUGCAGCUCCAAUAGCCAAACAUGGUGAAAUAGAUUGGGAAGCAGUUGUUAAACUAUCUGAUGGAUUCAAUGGAGCUGAUCUACGCAACGUUUGCACAGAAGCUGGUAUGUUUGCUAUACGUGCAGAGCGAGAUUAUACAAUAGAAGAGGAUUUUAUGAAAGCUGUACGAAAAAUAGCUGAUGCUAAGAAAUUAGAAACAAAAUUAGACUAUAAACCAGUCUGAAUAUAACGAUAUACUAUUUUGCAUGCACAUUGCUGAUGUAUAAGAGGUUAUUCAACAAGUAUUGAUUUUCAAUCAAACAAAGUUUUUAUUAAUCAACCUAAUAAAGUGUUUAACCAAUUAUUACUUGUAUAUUUCGGCUAUGUUUUAUAUAGUACAAAGGCGAAAUAAAAAUGUAAUUUACUGGUCAUAAUUUCAUUGUUUUCGACAUAGAUAGUGUAAUCAAGUCAUAUUGACUAAUUAGGGCUUCGUCAGACAAUUUAAAUGGUAUUUAAU